AGUCAAACCAAGGAGACGUUCCAGUUUUCGCCGCAGCCUCACUCCGUCUGCACGAAGACGGAUAACGGCAAGGUGAUGGUCGACACUAGCGAACACUACAUUAAGGUGUGCGACGCCGGCGAGUGGAAGCCAUUCGUCUUCAGACAAGACAGAGUCGAAGAGAUGGACUACAUUGACGUAUACCAGGAGAUCAGAACUCCCUCCCCCUGCUCAGAUGCCGAGGUGUUCACGCUUCCCGACCAGGGUACCUUCCUCAUGCUAGCUUGCGAGAGCUCGAAGGACGAUGCCGAGCAGGCGUCUCCUCUCUACAAAUGGGAGAAAGGAGAGUUCGUCUACUACCAGAACAUCACCACGUUCGGCGCACAAAGCUGGAAGUUCUUCUCCAUAGACGAGGAGCUGUAUCUGGCAGUGGCCAACAGAGGGCAGAAGAGUCAAGUAAAAAGCAUCUGUACGAUUUACCGAUGGAGCGCCAAUCAUAAGCUGUUUUUCCAACAGCAAGAUAUCGUCACCUACACCUCGCGUGACAUCGAAUACUACGAGGACAAUGGCGAACAUUACCUGGCUGUUGCUAAUUACGCCAAAGACGGUCACACACAGAUGGCGUCUGUCAUCUACAGAUUUGAGAAGAGGAAGAGCCUCUUCUAUCCAUUCAAGACAGUUAUAUCAAUGGGCGCCAUGGACUGGACGCACUUCAGCAUCGACGGCACCGGCUACCUGGCUCUGGCCAACUCGUUUGACGGUAUGACCACGCAGGUGUACUCGGCCAUUUACAAGCUGGAGAACGGCCGACCGAUCGAGAUGCAGAGAAUUGAGACGAUAGGUGCCGUGGACUGGGAGUUCUUCACUGUGAAAGACGACGUCUAUCUGGCCGUGGCUAACUCCUACAAUUAUGGCCCGCAAAACAAGCAGAACAUGGCGCCCUACUUCCUUAAUUCGUCCAUCUACAAGUUCAACAAGGAACAGGGCAUGUUCGAGAAAUACCAAGAUAUCUUGACGCGAAGCGCUACUGACUGGGAGUCAUUCAAGGUAGGCGACAGCACAUAUUUGAUCGUGUCCAACGCGCAGAAGGACGAGGAGACGCCCCGCUAUCCUGGCCACAGCAGCGUCUACCGUUGGCAGGGUGCAGAGAAGUUUGUUCGGGUACAUUCGUUAGAGACGACAGCGAGUACCGACUGGGAGGCAUUUUCAACUGGUGGCGGCACCUAUCUUGUAUAUACGAGUGCAAAGUUGUCAACGGCCUACAUUUUGAAAGUCAUGCUCAAGUAGGGGGGACGGGAUAACGCUGUACUUUAGGGGGGGGGGUAAAUAUUGUAGAGGCCGAUAACGUGUAGAUUAAAUAUUUAAAAAAUGCUGUAAAGAGAAUUCAUGAUCGGUGGCUCAAGAUCUUGACCUUAAAAACGUGCACUCCUCACCAUAACCUCUACGAAUGGAACAAACCCAAAAUGGUUCCAGGAGAAUCCAGGGCGCCACGAAGUGUGCAAGAAAGAAGCAACGCGCCAAUCGCUACUAGCACACGUUGUGAUGAGACCAUUUAAAUUAAAUUAGAAAUAGUUCUGCUCCGUUAGAAUUUGUUCCGUAGGCACGGUCAGCUUUGUUUCUGCAAAUUUACAAGGUUCAGCAAAGAUUCAUGGUGGUUAACUAUUAUUAAUCAACCACCCACAUACGGUGAGACUGUUACGAGACAACGUCCACGUAAUGUGAUGUCCACAUUACGUAUUUAACAGUUUUAUCCGCUACUGUGACCGUGUAUUAUUUAAAAAAAAAGCUUAAGCAGAUAUAUGUUGUAUAGCAGCUUUAAAAUAUUCCAAUGAAAAUGCUGUUAAACGGCCAGUUUGAAUUCUGAUAUGCGUGAAUGUUUAACGUAGCCGCUCGCCCGCACAGCGAUGAACGAAGGCCAUUUAAUACUGCGAAUAGUAGUCUGCAUUUUUAUGGGAAAUUGCGGAAGUUCAGCAGUGUAAAGAAUAUACAUCUAUAACAUGAAUAGAGAAUACGCGCGUAGCCAGCGCCAAUGAGUGUGUACCGGCCCCAUGGCUAAGCAGUUUGGAAUAGAGAGGACACGAGUGUAAAAUUGCUUGCCGUCUAGUGCACCCCGAUUGGUGCAGAUACUGUAAAUUAUUAUCGACGCAGUGCAGCUUAUGAUAUUAUGAUAGCUUAUUAAACAAUGUUUUAUAUUAGAGUUAUUGUCAUAGCUAAAUAUAAUGGCAUGUUUCUGAUAGGUGCGACGCUCGACCAAUUAAGCUGUUGAAACUAACUGCUAAAUGUCUCAGACAAAAUGUCAAUAGAACGUUUAACAAACUUUAAAUCAUUCGCGUACUAGUUUCUAACACUGUUGCCGAUAACGGUGCAAGCCCAUUAACAUAGAACCAACAUCACCUAUGAUGUAUAGUCAUAUAGACGUCUACAAUCCACACAUUUGGAUGCGAUUUAAUGUAUAUUCGGGUUAAAAUGAAUACACUAAAUGCUAACGUCUCUUGGCUCUACAAAGAGCAACUGUACUAUCAGGAAAAAACGAAAAAACAUCUUCGUAUUUAAGACAAAUCGUUUGACGCA